CGGAAUUGCUUGUUUUUGCUAUCGUUUGCUGCGAUAUGUUCUUUGCUAUCUUGAGUUGUAAUGGAAGAGCACAGAGCCGUGUUGGUGAAAUUUGAUAAAGCAUACCAUCCUGUUCUGCAUGUGCUGAUGUCCAGUUCGAUUGGAGCUGUAACUGCUUUCCAUAUGCUUCAACGAACUCAGUCCUGUGACAUACUAAGUCAGCAGUUUCACUGGAAAAAUUUCUUUGAAGCUCUGUGCAGAGAUGAACCUUUUCUGGAAGGACAGGCGCAAACACUUGUACUAAAACCAUUGUUUCAUCUGCUUCCACAAAUGUGCAAGAGAAACCUUUUAUCGCUUGUUCAUUUAGCACACCAUAUGGUGCCUAAGGAUUGCCUGCAGAAUUUAAUUGAGAUGGUUGAACAGGACUCAAAUCCACAGCCUUGGAUAAAAGCACAUGUGCUCAUGCUUAAAAGAUUUCUUGAUACCAGAAGUCUUGGUUGGACUUUAUGGAUGUUGACCCCAGAAUGCCAGGAGCAUCUAAACAGUCUGUGCAAGAAGAUAACUGAUGAUGCCCAGGGAAGCAAUGGUCCUGGCACAAAACUGGGUUGGGUCAAUGAUGAAAAGCAAGUAAUUGUAUCAUCAGCCACUUGUAGCGAAAGUAGUGAUACUGCUAUGUCCCAGAAGUCUAAGAAACGAAAAAGUGAGACAAGUGACAUCUAUGACUUUCUUUCCCCUGAAGAAACUGAGGUGCAGGAUGUAAAAAAGUUUAAACUAACUGAAGAUUCAGUCGAGCUGUUUGUGGAGAAGUGCACUCCCCCACUGGAAGCAAAAGGCAAGGGGGGAACUGAUGGAGCAGGAAAAGAACAUGAUGCACCUGAUGCAGAUCCAGAGGCUUCUUCAGAAGGCCAGGGCAGUAGCUAUAAAGAAGCUGGACUACACCUUCCAGAAAACCUUGUGUCAUGCUUACCCAAGCUGAGAGACCUGCUUGAAACAGAGGCAGAUACAGCAGAGUUGAAUCCCCCCCCAGAAUUCCAGGUUUUGAAUGAAUGCAGUGCCGAACAGUUAACAGUAUUGUGUUCGCUGCUACACAUUUCAGAUAUGUGCGAGCUGAUGCUGCCUCAGCUGUGUGCCAGACUGACCGCCCUUGUACCUGAACUCGGUUACAGUAACGCAGCCUUUCUUGCUCAGGCACUUUUCCUAAACAAGAUUCUCUGUUUGACUGAGCCAGCCUCACGAUUCCUUGUAACUGCACUCGCAUCGUUCUGCUUGAAGUAUACGCACCCGACUUGCAGUGCUUUGAUUGGGCCUAUAUUACAGGCUUCAGAGAAAGGCAGCUUUCAAAUGGAGUUGAUCUGCAGACUGAUUGAGGACUGCCUGGAACAAGAGCAUCUGCUACUGAUUUUUGGAUACGUUUUGGAUGUUUCCUGGUGUGAGGAGUUGCUGUCAGUAGUACAGUCAUUACUGGACAAGAAGAUGGAACUGACACCAGAGGUAUUCGAUCGGUUUAUUGGGAAGUUAAAUGCAGAAGCCUCGGACUUCAUGAAAUCUGUAAAAUAUGCAAAGCUGUUUCUAGCUGUACUUACUAAAUACCAGGGACAUAUAACAGUGGUUCACAAAAAUAGCUUGUCUUGUGCCCUGGCUGCAAAUGGCACUUUUUUGAAGAAGUCGUUACAAGCUGCUCUGAAACGCAUUACACCAGCAUGAUGGAAGAAGCUAGAUUUCCGUUACUGAAUGAGGGCCAACAUGCAGCGUUACUGUCUGAUGGCUUUUGUCAUUUCAUGAAGCAUAACAGUGCUGUCUCAUUGCAGUAGACUGUAGAGCUAACUGUCAUGGGAUUUUCUGUUGAUCUUCCCUUGUAUCAAGGGAAUAUCCAUUGUUAGAUGACCCCUGCUGUUCUUUAUUAGAUCACUGUUGCAGUAUAGCUGAUUUAUGGAAGGUAUCCUGCCAAGGAUAACAUACAUUAGAGCCGUCUACAAAAGCUUACGCCCCUUCCUUUCUCGCCUUAUGUCCGACCUACAACCUAGGCACGAGAUGACAUGUUUGUUCUUAAAGGACAUAUGGGUGUAAAAAUCCACAGAACAUUUGAUGCCGGUCCUUGAAUGAAGAGUUUAUUUGCAUUGCUAUUAACCUUUCAGCCUGUGCCAGCUACAGUUGUGAGCAGUUAAGUUCCUUGUUGUGGAUUCUUCAUUUUUUCUUUCACUUUUUUGAGGAAAUUUGUACUUUACUUGUCAUGUAAGAAGGGGAAAUGAGACUGCAGUCAACAGAUCCUUUAUAAGGCUAAACAGUGUAGGUGUCUUUUUUGCUUAAGCUAUGAAUAUAACAAGAAUUACAGUGUGUGUUACAUUUACCAGUCCUUCAUACCCAAGACAAUUUGCAGUUGUUUAAGCUCCUAAAAACUUUAUAUUAAAAAGAAACAUCUUCAAGCUUUGGUGCAUACUAGGGUGGUCUAUGGAUUGUCUCUCUCAGAUGUUCCAUUCAGUUUAAAAAGAGUCAAAAGAAGAGACCAAAAUUUCUGAAAAGUUUACUUUUAUUUGGUUGAUGUUGCACGUCUCCAUUGAGACACUUGAUCAGCCUUCAGGCCUUCCCAGUGCUGUACCUGCUUCCGCUGUCAGGACCCCUUGGGAGACCAACAUGGCGUAGGCUUUUAGUACAUCCUUACUGAAUGACCGGAUGAUGAAUUUGGCCAUGAAGGGAGAGCCAGGGUUGAUCCUCUCUGAUAGGGGAAGGACAUUCCCACAAAUAUUUACCUGAUGCCCCAGGGCCCUUAAUGGAAUGUCCAGGAAUCUGCUCCUUCUCAUACCCUUUCCAUAGGGAAUGUCCAGGAAUCUGCUCCUCCUCAUACUUUUCCCUUAGGGAGUGUCCAGGAAUCUGCUCCUCCUCAUACUCUUUCCUUAGGGAAUGCCCGGGAAUCUGCUCCUCCUCAUACUUUUCCCUUAGGGAGUGUCCAGGAAUCUGCUCCUCCUCAUACUCUUUCCUUAGGGAAUGUCCAGGAAUCUGCUCUUCCUCAUACUCUUUCCUUAGAGAUCCCCAGGAAGAAGAAACACAAGACUGGGCAUGUUUUUCCAACAGAUCCCCUGGGGAUCUUCAACAGGAGUGGUUUAGUUUCUCACAAGGGCUUUUUAAAGCCCUUAUGGCUUUGCAGCCUCCCUGGUUAGUUUCUCCAUCUGUUUCCACACCUCAUAAAAGGAAUAGGAUGUCCUCUUCUGAAGAACUUUAUUCUGGAUCAGAAUCUAGGAGUCUGGAUUAUUCAUCUUAAAUUCACCCUCCUGUUGACUGAGUCUAAAGUAGAUGACACAGUCUUCUGAUCUCACUCAUGAGGUUCUUUCUUUUGAAACACUUUUUAUAAAAUGAUAGAUCACUUUAACUGGAAAGAACAAUUAUCUGACUCUCCAAAAAUAUAUUAUGAGGUUAUGAAUAUGGAAGUACCACAAACCUCAGUUAGUCUGCCUGGACUACAGAUUUUGGACAAUGCUUUCUUGUCUGCUUCUCUGGCUUCUGAGUCAGAGCCACCUGCUGCUAAGAAGUCAGACAUGCUUCAUAAGGUACCCAAUACUCAUAAAUAUUUAUAUAAAAACCUGCUUCUGAUCCAGCAGUUGUUUUUGUGCAAUCAGAUACAAUUUCCAAAUUUCUGCCUUACACCAGUACCUUACCUAAUGAUGGGGAUAGCUGGGACAUGGACUGAUAUGGUAAAAAAAAUUUUACACAUCUGCCACCUUGUCCUUCCAUGACAUUAAUUAUCAAACUCAUAUGACUUGUCCUUCCAUAGCAUUAAUUAACAGACUCAUAUGACUAGAUUCAAUAAAAUGUCUAAACUGAUUUCUAACAUUCCUGACAUUAAAUCCUCCUUACAGAACGUACUUAAUUCAAGCUUUCAGGUAGCAAGGCGUUCUAUUAAGUGUAGGUAUAUGAUGCUUCUUCCAGCACAGAUGCAACUGCUGAAGUUCUCCAAAGAUAUGCUUGCCUCAGAGAAUCCAGUCCCUCUUGAUGAUGUAAACGACAAACUUUUCAGUACACCUUUGGACAAAGAUAAUCUGCUUGGCAUCUCUUCUGCUGUGAUAUUCACGAAACUAGAGGAAAGAUAAUGUGAGGUUGUAAGCAGCUUCCUUCCUUCCUCCCAUCACUAAGUUGCAGAAGAACUUCCAAAUCUGGACCAUUUUUUCCACAAAUUUCAAAAGUCUGAAUUCAAAGCACCCGAUGUAGCCUUUUUCAGACAAAGCUUCUACCUUCUUGACCAACCCUUUCCCAGCCUAGUAGGAGACCAUCCCUUUCCCUUCCUUUGGAGAGCAGUAACUUCAGAUGCUUGGGUUUUGGACAUAGUAAGCAAUAUUUACAGAAUACACUGGAAUUCUCCAUCAAUAUUCUCUGGGUUUUCUCAAGUCCCCUGAAGUCAACAUCUUGUCCUUCCAAUUCUUUUAGAUCUGUUUUAUUGGGGAAUAAUACAACCUGUUACCUCCUCUCAAAUAAGAAAGGGUUUUUACUCCAUACUUUUCCUGGUUCUUAUAUGAGAGAAUGUGGAGACCAAUUCAGGAUGUAUCCCUUUUAAACAUCUUCCUAAAAGUUCAAAAAUUCAAGAUAUUUACCUUCUAAAACCUUUCUCCUGUCAGUUUUCCCAAUACUUUUUGGUGUAUAUCCUUAUUCGGACAAAGAUUUUGUGCUUUGGGGUAUCACUUUAAAUUUACUGUUUUGUCCUUUGGUAUGCCUACAGCACCAGGGGAUUUCAAGAAAUGCUUAGUUCCUGUCAUAGCUCUCUGUAGACUCCAAGGUAUCAAUAUUUAUCCAUAAUUAGAUGAUUUCUUGAUGUAGGCCAAUUCUGUUCAAAACAUUCUUCAGGACUUACGCUUCACAAUUAAUCUUUUUUUCUUCAUGAAAGUAAAAAAUCCAAUGUGGAACCUACUCAGCCUCUGAUGUUCCCUUGGUGCCUCUUGAAUACUUCCACCACAGUAGCAUUCCCCACUUCAGACAGAGUCUAAAUUCUGGCAACUUACUUCCUUUCCUUGACAAACCUUCAAAUGACCUCAACAGAUUUUGAGAGUCCUGAGAUGCAUGGCAUCCACAAUCCAAAUUAUCCCAAAUGCCAGAGUCCACAUGAGGCGGAUACAGUGGUAUCUCAAAUCAGUUUUGGCAUGGAACUGUCAUCCUCUAUCUUUCCAAAUCCCUCUGUUGCAAUUUGAGAAGAAAAAAAAUGUUUUGGUGCAUUGGCCAAAUAAUAAUCAAUUCAGGGGGUGCCUUUUAUUGUUCCUCCCCAAAAAUAAAAGGUGUCAGAAGACGGCACAGACCUUGUUCAAAAGAUAUCAAAGUUUAGGGAGUCUGGUCCAAAAAAGACAGGAACAAACAUCAAAGAAAUAAAAACCCUGAUUGUUACCCUUCAGAUCCUUCAUUACCUCUGUAUUCCAAGACCCUUUCAAAUUCUAACAGACGAUAUUACAGCCAUGUGAGACAUCAGCAAAUGGGGGAAUAAAGUCCCACCCCCUUUGCAGACUGUCAUGAUGGCUUGGGACUUUGCAAUGUAUCACAUCAUUUUUAUAGGUCCCUUACAUUCCUUCAGAAUAAAAGUCAGUGGCAGACUACUUGAGCAGAUCCAAGCACACCCUCAUGAGUGGAUGCUGAACUGAGAGGUCCUCAGAGUGCCCAUCAGUGGGGAACUCCCCAGAAAGAUUUCUGCCUCCAUUCUCAACAGGCAGCUCAGACUGUUAUGCUUCAGAGUUCCAUGCAGAGGAGCCUGGAAGAUGGACACUUUCUCCUUUCCAUGUAAGGGGAAAUUCCUGUAUGCUUUCCCCUCCUUUCCUGUCAUCACGAAGGGCCUUCUGAAGAUUCAGAAAGACUAUCUAAAAUGCUGCUGGUGACUCCAUUUUGGUCCUGACCAUUCUUUUUCACCUAGUCUAAGGCAAUCACAAGUUUCCCCAUGAGAUAGACUUGCUGCUAUAACAAAGGGGCACUGUAAAUUAGCCAAACCUACACUGACCGUCUGGUUGAUAGGCUUCUUCUUUCCAUCAGGCACCUUUACAGUGAGGAUGUGUUAUGGUUAAUAAUGGAGUGCAGAAAAUCUACAACAAGAAAAUCUUAUGUUACAAAAUGGAAAACAUUUUCUAAGUGGUGCCGCAACAGAGAACAAGAUCCAUAACUAGUGGGGGGGUCCUCAUUAUCCUCCAGAUAUUCGUAUGAGCUGCUCAACUGAAGUCUAGCAUACACCUGUAUCAAGGUGCAUUUAUCAGCCAAUUCAGCUUGCCUACCUUCCAGCUGAUUCUCCUCUUUCUCUUAGGGUUGCCAACUUUUCAGAUGGCUGAAGUGGGACAGUUGUGGUACAAACAUCAGAUUUUGCAGCCCAAAACAUGCCCACGGCCAGUACAAGGGACAGAACUUCACUUUUUUGC